UUGCACCAUAUUCUCUUUUGAUACGAGAAUAUUUUAGUUUUUUCCUGGCAAAUUCAAAGUGAUCGACAGAAGAUAUAUAUUUCUCUUUUACACAACUUUUUGGUGAUUAUUUUCAGGUUUCUAUAUAAACUAAUCCUAUUAUUGUCAUUUGGUGUUUAACCCAAAAGAAAUUUAAAGAAGAAAAUGGCCAAAACUAUGCUUCUUACCAUUCUGAAAACCUCAUUGAUGCUGAUAUUUUCUGUAUGGAUUAUUUUAUGGCUUCUGAAACCCACUAAUGUAUGGACCAAAAGCUGGAAACAAGUUGAAGAUGAUUUGCAGACAACAAUUAUCAAAUAUAAUGGUGUUGAUUUUGUGGUUUAUACAUUUCCCAUUAUAUUACUAGCUAUAAUUGGCUUACUAUACUUGUAUUUUCAAUCAAGGAGUUUAAGUAAAAGAGGUAUAAGCAGAUGUGUAACAGCUCUGCAUAAUCCAUUGAUAGUAAAAUCUCCAAUGGGUAUGUUAUCUGGCAUUGAUGUUCUGGUCAUGUCUUUAGUAUUGGCUAUUCUGGUUUGGACAUUCUAUGUUAGACUCUCCCAUGACUACAAGAAGUUGGUACCUGUGAAAUCUGUGAAACUAAAUAUAUGGCAGCUGAAGUUGUUGAGGGUGUCAACUAGGUUCGGUCUAAUGGCAAAAGUUUGCCUUGGUUUUCUCCUCUUCCCUAUCCUAAGAGGAUUAUCAAUAUUUAGAUUACUUGGUAUCCAAUUUGAAGGUUCUGUUAGGUACCAUAUUUGGCUUGGGACAAUGAUGACACUCUUUGCUGUUCUGCAUGGAGUAGGCACUAUUUUCAUCUGGGCCAUCAACCAUCAAAUACAAAAUCAGAUUUGGAGUUGGCAGAAAGAAGGUCGAAUAUACCUAGCUGGGAUGAUUACUCUAGUGACAUUGCUGAUUAUUUGGACUGCAUCACUUCCCUUUGUAAGGAGGAGAAAAUUUGAUGUGUUCUUUAGCAUACACCAUCUGUAUGUAGUCUUUCUUGUGUUCUUCAUGUUUCAUGCUGGUGACAAGCACUUUUACAUGGUAUUUGCCGGUGUUUUCCUCUUUGCAAUCGACAAGGUGACUCGAAUAAUCCAAUCAAGGCCAGAAUUUCGCAUUCUUUCCGUGAGAUUCUUCCCUAGCAAGAUCAUAGAGCUAACCUUUCCGAAAGACCCAAGCCUGAAUUACACACCAACCAGCACAAUUUUCUUGAAGAUACCAAUGGUAUCUAAAUUUCAUUGGCAUCCAUUUAGCAUUACUUCAAGCUCUUCGGUGAAUGAUCAAACGAUGUCGGUUAUAAUCAAAUGCGAAGGACGCUGGACAAAUUCUUUGUAUAAGAUACUGUGUAAGGAAGCGGAGUCAAAUAGCUACACAAAAUGCAUUCCUGUUGCAGUUGAAGGCCCUUAUGGACCUCCAUCAUUCGAUUUUAUCAGAUACGAUAAUUUGUUAUUGAUCGCGGGUGGAAUAGGGAUUACUCCAUUAUUAAGCAUACUGCAGGAAAUAGCAUCUGCAAAGGGUGAUUUAAUAAACAAAACACCUUCACAAAUACAGCUCAUAUAUGUAGCAAAGAAGUCCGAAGGCAUUUCUCUUUUGGAACCGAUUUCCCAUCUUGUCUUAACGAAUCAAACCUCCGAGUUCUGCCAUCUAAAACUAAGAGUUUUUGUGACGCAAGAGAAGAAGGGAAAUUCGAGUCUAAGAGAACUAAUGAGAACAUUUACAAUAAACCGAACUAUUCUCUUUGACAUGAAGAACUCAGGUUAUACCGUAGGAGCUGCAAAUAUCAACCCACCUUUGUUAUGUGCAAUCGUUGGCUUUUCAUAUGUUAUUUUCCUUCUAUCACUUUGUGUUUUCAACCGGUAUAUUACUACACCCGAUAAGAAGUCUUCCAAGCCAGGAAGUCCCUCCUCGGUAGUUGAUCUUUUCCUCUUAUGCUCGUUCCUGAUAGCUGUAGCGUCUGGUGCUCUGCUUGCGAUGGUGUUUAGAACGAGAAAUGCAAGAGAGGUACUUUUGACCAGUUGGGAUGAUGGCAAUGAAGAUAUGAAGUUAAGCACAAUGGAGGGUGCAAAUACUACUACUAUUGAAGAACACGAAAUUCAUUAUGGAGAGAGGCCAAUCUUCAAAGAAUUGCUGCUUGAAAUGGAACAUGAAUUCAGAGGAUCGAGUAUAGGUGUAGUAGUGUGUGGACCGGAGACAAUGAAGGAAUCAGUAGCAUCAGCUUGCCAACAAAAUUAUCGUAAAGCAUUUAAGAUAAAUUCAAUGGAUCGGAAGCAGCAUCAGCCGCUUGUCAUUAGUUUCCACUCCCUCAGCUUUAGCCUGUAGUGCCGCGGUUUAGUUAAGGCAUAUACCGUUUGAAUAGAAAUUGGAAUCCCAAUAAUAGAUGCUAUCUAAGGCGAUCAUAGAUGAUCGCUCGAAUACAUGCAUCGAUCAAUACAUGAUAAUGGCUACGUACUUUCGAUCAUACGAUACUAUAGUUGGAGUGUUGGACCAUAAGAAUAGAUGCUAGCUGAUGCCUGAUAGUGUGAUUUGGUAACUAUGUAUGUCUAAUGAACAAUGUUUCUGUAUUGAAUAUAGGUAAAUUGCUAGAGAUUGUAAAACUAUGUAGUAUGUGUUGGAAUUUGGAUUACAAUAUGUAAAUUAUUGGCUUCCCUUAAAAAGAUUGCUACUCUAUUAAACUUUGUGAUUGUCA